UUGCAGACUUUAACUGCAGAUUAUUUACAGGCUUUUAGUGAUGAAUUUUCGCAUGAAGAGAAUGGUACUUUGCGGCAGCAAGUGCUUCAUCUUCUGUUCAACCGUGUACAGUUGCAACCACUUCAAGCUUUUGUAUGCUCACAUAUGAUCAGUGCACUGGAAAGGGAAGUGGCCACACUUCGUGAAAAAGUGAAACACAAUUACUCGUACGUAUGCGGUCUCAUGGUUAUGCUGGUGAAAAUUUGUGGUUCAAGGCAAGGCUUGGAAGCUUUCAGCGUUAAGAAUAGUCUACUUAUAACGUUAUCUGAAUUGCUACUGUUUGCGCCACAGGUAGUGCAGUGUCAAGUGCUGGAAACAAUCGAGCGCCUGUCUAAACUGUUCAAACCAGAUGCUACGGGCUGCUCAAGUUUUACCCAAAAUCUUUUGGCAUUAAUCGCAAAAGUGAUAACACUGCAGAUUCGUGACAAAAUGACGCGAUCAUUAACUCCCGCAUCUCUAGCGAGUCAUGCGGUAAAUGUUCCAGCAAAUUGGCGAAUUGAUCGCUUAGUAUCGUCAGAUAUCGGUCAUCUUGCUAAAAAGCUAUUGAAAGAUUUGAGCGAAGGACUGGUGAAUGAGCGGUGGACAGUUCCAGUACGUACAGAAGUCGCAAACGAAAUCAUGAAUUUGACUUGCCUGAAUCUCAGUCCUUCGCUUAGUAGCGAUCAAAUGCCGACAAUUGCCGAUAUCAGUGCUUCCAUUGUUACUGAGGCAAUUAAUGGCAGCAGUAAUCCAUGGUCAUCAAUACUCAAAAAAGGGAAAUUUUGGCUUGCCGUUGCUGCCUUAUCACUGCUUAAGGAUCCUCAGUGGUUGGAGCUAUCGCCAACAUGGCAAAACUUACAGAACAAAAAAGAAGGGGCUGCGGAAAAAGUUUGUGAUAAUCAUGAUGAUGGACGUACGUUGGCCGUAGCGUAUUGCGAAGUGUGUCAGUGCUCGCUCUGCAGAGAUUGCUUCGCUGUUCUGCAUCUGAAUAAGCGUAAUCGGUAA